CCCUAGCUCAGCGUUCGCUCCUUCCCUCCGUCGCCCGCUCGCGCUUCCCGCGGUGCCGGGCCUCCCGCUCCGCCUCCCCGAGCGCGGCUCUCCCGGGCGCGGCUCCGGGGUUCAUGCUGACGAGGCGGCGGCCGCUCCAGCCCAGCGGCGGCGGCGGCGGGAGCUGGGGCGCGGGCCCCGGCCUCCUCUCUCGGAGCGCGGGGCCGGGCGGCGGGCGCGCCCCGGCGGCGGCGGCGGCGGCGGCGAGCGCCCCACCGCGCCGCGCCCCUGCGCGCCCCCUGCGCCGCGCCCCCGCGCGCCCCCCGCGCCUAGCUUGCGGGGGGCCGGGCCUGCGGGCGGCCGGCGCUGCGCGCACCCAUGGACGGUCCGGCCAUCAUCACCCAGGUGACCAACCCUAAAGAGGACGAGGCCCGGUCGCCCGGCGCGGGCGAAAAAGCUUCCCAGCGCAACGUCAGCUUGAAGAAGCAGAGGGGUCGUAGCAUCCUCAGCUCCUUCUUCUGCUGCUUCCGAGACUACAAUGUGGAGGCCCCUCCACCCAGCAGCCCCAGUGUGCUUCCGCCUCUGGUGGAGGAGAAUGGUGGGCUUCAGAAGGGUGACCAGAGGCAGGUCAUUCCCGUACCAAGCCCAGCAUCUAAUUACCUCCUCCCGGAGGUGACGGUCCUCGACUACGGGAAGAAGUGUGUGGUCAUUGAUCUGGAUGAAACCCUGGUGCACAGUUCAUUUAAGCCCAUUAGUAAUGCUGAUUUCAUUGUUCCGGUUGAAAUCGAUGGAACUAUACACCAGGUGUAUGUGCUGAAGCGCCCACAUGUGGACGAGUUCCUCCAGAGGAUGGGGCAGCUCUUUGAGUGUGUACUUUUUACCGCCAGUUUGGCCAAGUACGCAGACCCUGUGGCUGACCUCCUGGACCGCUGGGGUGUGUUCCGGGCCCGACUCUUCAGAGAAUCCUGUGUUUUCCAUCGUGGGAACUACGUGAAGGACCUGAGUCGCCUGGGACGGGAGCUGAGCAAAGUGAUCAUCGUGGACAAUUCCCCUGCCUCCUACAUCUUCCAUCCAGAGAAUGCAGUGCCUGUUCAGUCCUGGUUCGAUGACAUGUCGGAUACGGAGCUGCUGGACCUCAUCCCGUUCUUCGAGGGCCUGAGCAGGGAGGACAGUGUAUACAGCAUGCUGCACAGAUUGUGCAGCAGGUAGCCCCAGCCUCAGCCUGUCCCCACCUGUGCACUCCAGAGGCCCUGGCUCAGGGGACCCUCCUGACCUCAGCUCCCUGCAGGGAGCCUGAGAAGACUCCGUGCUCUGGGCCGCAGGGUGAAUGUCGCCAUGCCUACCUGUUUUGUUUUUUUUUUUAAAGAACAGAAACAACUAUUUUAAAGAAAAAAAAAAAACUCUUUUAAUAGAUUUCAUAAAAGGACAUGCAUUUUACCAGAUUCGAUUUUCUUAAAACAUACCAAAAAGAAAAAUGAAAAAAAAAAAAACAAAAAACAAAAACCUUGGUAUCUUCCAGACGUCCUUUCAACUGUCAUCCCCUCCAAGAGACAGUCCCCUUUGCCUCAGUCUGGAGCAGCUGACCCAACUCGGAAUCUCUUUCCUACAGGAUGAAGUGCCUUUUUGAAUGUUAUUUUAAGCUGAGAGUUAAUUUUUGUAUACAACCUAUUUCCAGACAUCUUUUAGUCUUUUACUGUCUCAGACACUCUAAGACAACAAACAGGACCAUUUUAUAGAACCUGGUAGCCUGUGUGGUGGGGUGAGGGUAUGGCCAGGAGAAAGCGGGUCCAGCUCCCUCUGACAGGAUUUUUUUUGUGUGCCUGUCAUUGUUCCCACUCAUUUCUGGCUAGUCUGGAAUGUACCUGCCAAUGGCCCAAUGCUUUUAUGAAACAACCGAUUCCUUUUAUUAUGAUCUCUGAUGUUGAUAAAAUUGUCUUGAAGUUGCAUUUCCUCCUUGAACGGUGACAGUACGUCACAUCUGCUUUCCCACGACUGUCACGUCUGUCCCUUGCUGUUUUUCUGUUGUUAUUGGUUUGAGGAGAAUCGUCACAGAAAACCCAAAACCCUUGGAUUGUUAAGUCUUUCCUUUCAAAGGCUGGGUACACGUGGAGCUGUUUGGGACUUUGCUGCUACUGUGCUGCCACCAAAUGGAACUGACCAGCGGCUGUUACACUGUUCUUUGCCACUGUGCCUAUGCUCAGAAUAUGCUCACCGCUCAGCUGCAUACUUGGACAGGGUCAGAAGCAGGUGUCCCGCCCCAUCCAGCAUGGCACCAACUAUCUCCCUUCCUUGGCCCUGGCCACCAAUAAUGCUGAAGGGCACAAAGAUUCAAAACAAAACAAAAAGGGCGAGGGCACCACUCAGGUGUGGCAUCACCUCCCUCUGCAGUCAACAGCAGAGCCUACGGUAGAGCUCUUCAGUCUCGCUUGAGAACCUGUGGCCUCAGCCAGCUGCCAACUGAUGUGGCCCAGGUCCAUCUCAGCCUCUUUGGAAGCACAGCCUCUUCGAGCCAAGGGUUGGAGAAGCCUGCCUCACGGGAGACGGGUUGCUUCAAACCAGGGAGAAGGGCCCCUCCCUGGAGCCCGGGGUCCCUCUCGGCCGCCGUUCCCAGUUUGGUGUUUAGCCGUGCCGUGUCGUGCUGCUCCCUCGUCUGGGGAAUGAAAAGAGCCCUUUUGUGUUGGCGCCAUUGCCUUAGUCCUCUGUGGGUUGGGCCUCAGCCAGAUUUCUGCUGGGAGUCGCUGGUACUAACAAGACUCAAAAUCAGGGGUCAAACUUUAAAAAAAAAAAUGUAUUUCCUUUCACAAAAUAAUGAAGCCAGCUUCCUGGCCUGUCUCCCCACAGUGCUUUGGUCUGGGAAACUGCUGUGCAUUCAGAACAGAAAUAUGGAGGGUCUUCAGAUCUCCUGACUUUCUGAGUGUUCCAAACCCAGUAAUCCCUGUGCCAAUUACAAUAGAAACUGCCCCUUCGCUAAGCAUUACCACAGAUAACAGUUCCGUGGCAGAUCCGCACAUGCCAUAAACCCUCAUGGAAACCAGUCAUUAACCGAUCCUGCUGCCUUAAGUGUCCUGAGUGUCACGCUGUCUGCCGUGUGUUGAUUUCCACACAGAACAAGGCCUGGAUGAGAACCUCAGAUUGUCACCUGUGCCUCUUGCUUUCGGUCUCACGGGCCUUAUUUGGAAAAGGGGGCAGAGUGGACUGAAAUUCCAGAAUAUUUCAGGAGAAGCAAGCCUGGAAAUAGUGCUGUGCUUCAGACAGGUUCAAGGCUGACCUUGGCCUUAGAGUUCUGGAGCUGCAUGUGCACUCGGGGCCCAGCUUCCAGGUGGGGAACCCUGUUCUUGCCACCACAAACAUGGAAUGUCUCGGGUGGUCGGCAGGGCCUCUGAGGGUUCUGAAGUCCGCACCUUAUUGGACCAAGCUCCAAAAUGCCAAUUUUUCUUUCUUUAAAAAAAAAAAAAAUCUGCUUUAUGUACAUAAUUGAAAAAAAAAUCUAUAUUUUUUAAUCAGUUACUUGUAAAUGAAGCAAUAGAAUUCUAAUAAGGCCAAGAAAGGAGAUGAAUGUGUGAGGUUUAUUUUCUUAAGGUAAAUACGGGUAUUGCUUUUAAUUGUUAGUUUAUUAAAAUGUGGGCUUGAAAACUUAUCAGCCACUUCUGUGUGCCAUAAUCUUCCCACAUUACCAAAACACUCCAUCUCCUUAGCCAAAAGAAACGUCUGACCUCCCGGGUUCAUGGUCCUCUCAGCUCCAGGUUAGGACCCCUCUCCUAGACAAGUGCUUUUGACAUGAAGGUCUGGGGCAGGACGGCUUGGGAUUGUGGACUCCAGCCUACACCUUUUGCAUGACCUCAAAUGGGGGCGUCCUGGGCACCCCUGACCCCUGAUGAUGUUAGUGCUCUGUCUUCCAUUUGUUCUGGAAUCCUCCAUGUUGGUCUGUGGUUUCAUGCACUAGCUGUUUGUAAACAAUGCAUUUGUAUCCUAAUAACACCGCCUGUCACCCAUGGCAGUUGGUGGGGAUUCUGUGACACGGUGCAAUGUUGAUGAGAUGACUUUGGGGACAUGAGGAUGUCACAUGACACUAACUUGUCAUGGUUACAGCAUUUGAAGUUGGGAUAGGAAAUGAAACCUGUAAGUGUGUAUAGCCUGGCAGCGUUCCACAAGCCUAUAUUUUGACAGAUGGCUUCCUAAUAAAAAUCCAGAAACACACAGCCCUAUUGGUCAGACACUCGUGACGUUUGUGCCUCUGCUUCUAAUGGUGCUGUGCUGGACAGCUGGCAUGCCAGGGGGUGAGAAGAGCGGGUGGUUCCCUGCGCAAACUUACUGGCUGCCUCUGCACCUGCUCUACUGUAAACCUGACCACGCCCAUCCCUCGAGCUGCCUGAAGAUGGAUACCCCAGCAGUGGUGAUGCUGAUGUCUGGGGAGUUACGGUUUUCUGCUGGAUGUUUGAAUGUGAUGAUCCAGCGCCGGCCGCAUAUGUGGUGUGUGCACGAUUCUGGGGGCAAGUAUUGUCAACCAGUGAUUCCCUCCUGCCGGAAAUAAACUCGUGAAACUGU